AUGAAAUCGAGACCCAGCAAUGAGACGACAUCUCCGUCGACCUCGUCCACGGCUUCAGCCGGGAUUCCAACGAUGAAAGCGACACCCAGCAAUGGCACGACAUCUCCGUCGACCUCGUCCACGGCCUCAGCCGGGAUUCCAACGAUAACACCGACUGCAAACCUCACCACCUCAGGUAAAACUCGCCGUGACGCUACUUCUUGGUCUCAUGAUACUGACUUUUCGUACAGCGGUGAUCUUCAUAGGAGACAGCACAACGACAUCCAAGACGACUAUGACUAUCGCGAAUGGUACAUCCACGUCAACUACGUCGGACCUACUUUUCGUCGCCUCAUUCAGCGACGGAGAUGUCUCGUCAUUCUCGCGCUCGAGCGAACCAUACAUCACGACCGUGAAUGGAGAGGUACUCACAAUACCAGCCAUAUCUGCCUCUACCACGAGAUCGAGCUCGCGGAUCAGCUCUUCCGACGCAUCUUCGACCGAUCAUCAAACAGCCACCGAAACUUCGAAUGGCCAGCAAAGUACUGUCACCUCGGCGGCAACUGUGGGCGUUACUGGAGGAGGCCGUCAGGGACAGGGCUCUCCUACUUAUUCCUCGCCAACAACGAGCACCACUGGAUCUUCCUCGGGCGGUGGGGACGGAGGUAGUAAUGCUCCGCCGGCUGGAACCAUCGCUGGAGGUGUGGUUGGAGGCGCUGCAGGGCUGGCUGUUCUGUUACUCAUAGCCAUGUUAUUCGUCCGAUGGUAUCGGAGAAAGAAUCAGAUGCAGGCUCUUCCCCCCAAUUCGGGGACUGCUCGUGGCCUGGACGGGUCUUCUGCUCCAAGUGGAUCUGGACCAAGCGGGCCUGGCAUGGCCGAGCGAUCUGGGUUAUCUCCUCUUGCUGCUGCAAUCCCUGGAAUCUUUCGACACCAGAAUCGUAGCGGCGAGACUGCGCCAUCAGAACGAGGUUUUACGCGGGUCUCCGGACGAAAGCUUCCGUCCGUGUUCAGUGAAGGCAUGAGCAGUGAGGGUGUACGGAAAGCGCAGACGGGUGGACCGCAGCAGACGACACCAGGCAUGCCGCUGAGCAGCUCACCGCCAGAGCAAGACUUGAGCAGCACCUCAUUCUAUCGCGACAGCGCAGGUUUCUACGGCGGUGAUGGAGAGUCAUCAAGCAACGGUCCUUCAGGGACAAGUCCGGAAGAGAUGAUGAUGAUGUCGCCCGGACCUCAGCGACAACCACAGGUCCACGCUGGAGGCCCGUAUGUGAUGUCGCCCGCCUCUGCCGAACAGCCCGGACUUCCUAAUACUGGGACUUUGGGAAGGAGCGACACUCCUUCCAGCCUGCGAAACUCCCGUUUCACAGAGGACAUGUGA